UCAGCCAUAGCCGAUCGCGCUAUCGGUGCUCUCAUCGGCUGCGCCCUCGGCGACGCAAUUGGCCUCUACACCGAAUUCCUCUCCACCGCCGAGUCAGAGAAAGCCUACCCGCACAAGCGCUUCGUCCUGUCUACCGUAUCCUCCCCAAACUCGCGAGACCAAGCGGAAUCAACACCCUUCAGACUCGACCACCACCGUGCCCCGCAAACGCCCGGAGACUGGACAGACGACACCGAUCAC